AUGCCGUGUGCCUGGGGAUUUGUCGCCCUGCUGGAGCUCGCCACCUCCCGGAUCUUUCCAUACGCUGGUCGUCGCAAUGAUUCUGCUGUCUUCCUCGUCGACCGCCCGGAGAGGCUGCUCAACCGCGAAAGGAACGCCAAGCUUCAAAAGGUACUCCACCGUCGCAUUGGAGUCGGCGAACAGUCGGGGGUUCUCCAGUCUCCACAAGUCCACGCCAUGCGUGGAAUCCCACGAGACAACUUGAUUGCCGCUCUUCAACUGCCCGCAGGGAAAGCUGCCUGUGGUGGAGGUCAAACUUUGGAGCCCAGCAUUGGACUCGUGUCCGCGCGAUCAGACCCUGUGGCGUUGAAGAUUGCAUUUCGUGGCCAACGGUGCGAAAGGAUGCUGGAGUAG